AUGAUCAGCAUAUCUAUUUUGUUUAGAAGUCAAGGUGAAUUUAUCAAUAAUGAAUCGGAUGAUAUAACAUCAACAAUAAAUUCUGUUAGUUCAAUCAGCGAAAAUCUAAAUCAAUCAAAUAAAACAAUUUUAUUAGAAUCAUCAACUGAGAAUUUGUUUAAUACAUUAAAUGAUUUAAUCGAUGUAACAACAACAUCAUCAGAUUAUAGUGAAACAUCACUAUCAAGUUUAUUUUUAUCAUCUGCUGAUUAUUACGAGUCUAGAACAUCAGAAAAAAAUGAUUUAUUAUUUGGAAAAGAACAAUGGUUUAAUUAUAAUCAAAUAAGUCAACAGAAUUCUUCUGGUUCUUCUAUUGUUUGGAGCAAAAUAAAUGAUGAAUCGUUGAAUAGUUCAACUUACAUAAUAAAAUCUGGCGGUGAAUGUAUGAAUCGUAUGUGUCGUGUUAAACUGAAAUAUAAUGGUUCAAUAUCAAAUAAUAUCGAUGGUUGCUUAUCAUUUAUUCUUUGGACACGAGGCCAACCAGUUGGACAAUUAUGGAUUGAAGAAGAUGAAGAACAAGAAAAUUUCUCACAAAAAAUUCAAUUAACAAAUUCAAGUCUUCAUGUUGAACAUUCAUUAAAAUCGAAUAUAAAAAAUUUAUCAAUUGAUGCACGAAUUUUAUUUCGUAAUUCUAAAAUUGAUUCAAUAACUUUAUCUAAUUUAAAUGUUAAAUGGCAUGGGCCUUGUCCAAAAUAUCGUUCAAUGACGUCGAGUCCAAAUAUUUCUUUAUAUCAAUCAACAUUUGAACAAGAAUUUCUAACGUUAACUAGUGAUGAUUAUUAUCAAACAAGUUUAUUUACAAUAAAUAACACAUUUGAAAAUACUCAAGAUUCUUUAUUGAUUCAAUCAUCAACUGUUAAAUCUCAUGAAAAUUUAAAGAAUAAGAAAAGAUUUUUUUUUAUUGAUCAAUCAAAUAUUCAAUGGAUUUUAAUAUCGAUAAUUUUAUUUUGUUUAUUAAUAAUUUUAUUAUCAUUUCUUUACGGUUUAUGGACAAUACAAGAAUAUCAUCGUUUCAUUUGGCAUGUUCGGUUUAAUUAUCCAAUUCAAUUUAUUUCUCGACGAUCAAUUCGUUCGUCAAUAAAAUCAGAAAAUAAAAUCGAAAGAUUAUCACAAACAUCUGAUGAUCUUUUUCAUAUCGAUUAUCAACAAGAACAUUUUGAUAGUUUUUCAACAAAUAGUAGUCGAUCAAUGUCUUCACCAUUUAACUCUUAUUUUUAA